CUGACCACUCCGUCCUACCCUCCCUGUCCCGUCCUGUCCUGUCCUGUCCGGCCGGCACUGACCACUCCGUCCUACUUGCCCUGUCCUGUCCUGCCGGCACUGUCCCCCCUGUUCUGCACCCAGCCAUGUGCCCAGUGUUCCUCACACACCUCUCCUCGCCUCUCAGCCGAAUAUCCCCGGUCCGGCCCCCGCCGCGGGACGCCGGAGCCCCGGGCGGUCUGGGCCGGGGCCAGCCGCCCCCGCAGAGCUCUGGCCCGGGGAUCGGCGCUGGGAGCCCCGGUGCUGGGCCGUGCCAGCGCUGGCUGCGGAUCUCAUCACGGUGGAGGCUGCCCGGGGGGACACGGCGGGGGCCAGGGCCGGCCUUGCCGUGCAGGCAGAAAACGUCCGGCAGCGGGAUGGCGGGGAUGGCACUGCCCCUCUGCCUGGUCCUCGCUGCCGCCCUGCAGGGUGGCCUGUCCCGGGCCCCGGGGCCCCCGGCCCGCCCCGGCCCCCUGCUCCUGCGGCUGCGGCGCCUGGAGGAGCAGUUUCUCCGGCUGCAGGAGGUGACGCUGAACCAUCUCCAGAGCAUCGCCAGCAACUACAACAUCUCCUACAACAUCGAUGGACGUUUCCAGGCACUGGCGGAGCAGGCAGAGGCGGCCGACGCUGCCCGGUCCGCCCUGGGUGCCGAGCUGGCCCGCCUGGCCACCGCUGGCCGGCGGCUGCGCCGCAGGCUGAAGAGGCUGGAGGGGACAGUGGGUGCCCUGAGCCCGCUGCUCACCCACCCGCCGGCUGCGCUGGUGGAGGCUGGCACCAAACCGCACGGUCUGCCAGACGCUGCCCGGGGCCGGGGCAGCCAGCUGGAGCAGCAGCCACCGGGCCAGGCUGUCCCGUUGUGGCAGCAACAUCGGCAGGAAGAAGGGCACUGGCUGCCGGCUGAUGCCGGGCCUGGUGGAGCGCCCGGGGAGGAUGAGGAGACCCCUCGCGAUGCAGCCCCAGGACCCCAGACCAUGGCACCGGUGCUCUUCACCGGAACCGCGGUCCCCCGGGAGCAGCCCCCGGCCCCCCAGCAGCCGGGAGAGGGUAGGUACGGUCCCCCCGCCCCGGUGCCCGACUCCCCUGCCUGUCGCACCGGUGCCCUCCUGCUCUUCCCCAACUCCUCCGCUGAGCACAGGGCCGUCCUGGGGCUGGGGCCACAGCGGGGGCUGCGGGCGAUGUCCCUCUGUGCCUGGCUGGCCACCCCAGCCCCUCGCCUCGGUCCUCUCCUCUCCUACGGCACCGAGGACGGGCACAGCGAACUGGCCGUGCACGGCCGCGGUGGGGAUCGCCCCGGCUCUGCACGCUUCAUCGUGGGGGACCGGCAAUUUCGGGAUCUCCCGGUGGUGCCGCUCCUGGAUGGCAAAUGGCACCACCUGUGCCUCACCUGGUCCUCCGUCCAGGGCCAGUACCGCUUCUACGUGGACAGGAGGCUGCUGGCUGCCGGCUCCGGCUUCCAGCAGGGCUAUGAAAUUCCCGCUGGUGGCUCGCUGGUGCUGGGCUGGGGGCAGGACGGCCCCAACAUGGACUUGGGCACUGCAGGAGGUUUUGUGGGUCACCUGGCUGGUUUCGCUCUCUGGAGACGGGCUCUCCUGCCCGGGGAGGUGGCCAGAAUGGCGACCGGGAGGGGGCUGCCCCGUGGCCCUCUCCUCACACUGGCCGAUGCCUCGGUGCAGGGCGGGGUGCGGAGGGUGGCGUGUCCCUGCCUCCAGCGCUGCCUUUGACGAGGCUGACAGCAGGAAUGGUGCCGGCUACCAGCGGUCACGGCUGGCUCAUGGUGCCGCUCCCGACACGAGCUGAAUCCGCCCAGCGUGAUGGGACAGCCAGCAGGGAGAGCAUCUCAGGACCAGCCCCACCAGA